CAUUUUGUGCAUAUGGAAAAGUACUUUAUUUCAGCUCAUGGGAUGUUGCGUUUAUAUUUUUGUUCAGUGUAUUUUGUCAACUCUUUCAACACUGUCAGGGGGCUGGUCAGAGGUAUUACAUUUUUAUAUUUAUCCAUUAAAAGCAAAGGGAUUGAGUCUCUGGGGAAACAAUUAUCUUUAUGACAUUUCCUCUCUGCUGUGUCCAGGCAAAUGUUAUGUGCAAUUUAUGACACCACCGAUUUCAAUAUGAACAAUUCACUUGUCUCGAUCAUUGGCACCAUUACUGCUGAAUAAUUACAGUCAAAUCUCUGUACACUGACUGGCCUCACACCGUUCUCUUUUUUGACGCUUGCGGCCUCUUGCUGAUGACGUUUUAUUUAGGGGACGACAGUUAGCUAGAAUCGAUAGCUAGCUACAACGCUUCAAAAUGUAUAUAUUAAUGUUUUACGCAUUGUAGCUUUGGUUUAAAGUCCCAAUCCCGCGUAGACUUCAAGUAUUCUUUCGAUCAUUUGCAWUGAAAUGUUAACUAACUGAAUUAAUUAAUCUAAUCAUUUACAGAGAUAGCUUGUAGGAAAUUAUUAGCUAGCGAGCUUGUUUUGUUGCUAGCAAGAGUAAUGGGAACAACAAUGGGAAAAGGGGAUACCUAGCCAGUUGCACAACAAUGUAUUCAACCGAAAUGUGUCUUCCGCAUAAUAUGGUAGUAAUGUAACUAGUUAGUGAUCCAGUUUAGGUAGCUAUGUUGACAUUGUUUUUUGAGUUGCCAAGAUGGCUGUAGUUUUAGGGUAAUUAGCUAAUAUGAUUGUUCUUAGUAAAAUUCAUAGUAUCUCUGGUUGACGCUUCAAGAUGUUGUGGUCAUAUCAAUUAUCAGAGAGGAAGAAAUGAAGCAAUAGAAAAUCACACUAGAAAAUCUUUGACAAUACCCAGUUUUGGUGUUUUUUUAAUAGACUAGCUACAUACCAUCCCAUAGAGCUCUAACCUGUGGUUGGUGUCUAAAGUCACAGAAACAGCCAGGUAGAGCUGUGCCAAGAUGGAUGUCCAGUUGUCCAUCAGCUUCCUGAGGGACAGACUGGGCGGGGCCAUUGAGGAGGCAGUGCGUACAGCAGUGGAGUCUGUGCUGUGUGAGACUGUGCGUCUGUUAACCGGGCUCCAAGGGGACCAGCAGCAUGGACUUUCCUCAGUGACCCAGAGUGACCAGGACACCCUGGGACUGAAGCAGAGGUUAGAGGCCCCCAGCGGGGGUGACUGGAGGGUGCAGGGUGGGUCUUCAGGGGCAUUCUGUAACACAGGACCGAGGGGUAGUGGUGGGCGCUGCAACACUAAGAAUCCAAUGGGUCAGACCACUUGCUCAACCUCCCAAGCAUCACAAAGGACCACCGUGGAGCCCCAUCCCCAGGAGGUGGUGGAGGACUGUGCUGGACUGCCUGACCCGUUUGACCUUGUGUCGGCUGGGCCAGUGAUGGUGGACUUUGAGGAGGGUCAGGGCAUGGGGAUCCCAGAGGAGUGGGAGCUGAUGAACAGAGUGUUCAAGACGGAGCACAAUGAAGACAUGGCCCUUAUUGACGGGGGCGGUACCACUCAAUUUGCAGAUGACCGCAGGCUGCAUGAAGGAGAACAGAGGACUGUGGCUGUGCCCCUGGAGGGAGAGAUGGCUGCCAAGCCCCAGGACACAUUGCACCCCUGCUUCAGCCCAGCCAACAUCAAAACAGAGCGACCUGAGAUAGAGAGAUGCUGCAUGGCUGAGGAGGCCCUUGCUCUGCCUCUGCCUCAUCCUGCCAAUAGUGGUGUGGAGGCCGGUGAGUUUGGGCAGGAGCAGGUGGAGGCUGGUCCACAGGACUUUGUAGGUCGCCUGCGCCUGUGGCUGGAGCAGCUGUGUCCUGAGGUGGUCCGGGAGUACGAGAGGGAGGGCUGUCUGUGUGAGCUGUCCCGCAGGAAGCUUAUCAAGUUCUCUGUGUCCUUCAUCGUGGAGGAGUUUGGAUUCUACCCUACCUCUGCUCAGAAGACCAUGCUGGCAGAGCACAUAGUGGAGCUCUUCCCAGGCCUCAGGCUCUGUGCACCAUCUGCUGGCAUCAAUGGCAUUGAACACUUGUACGACCCUUUGUCCCGUACGGGUUACAUUGAGACGCGCCUGCGCAACUCUCGACGCACCCUUGAAGACCACAAGAAGAAGUAUGUGCUGAAGAGGCGUCGGCCAGAGCCGGGCCUGGCGGACCCUCCUGGACCUAGAUCGGGGCCUGGGCUCCUGGAGAGACAGUCCAGCGAGGAGACCCAGAGGUGGAUGGAGCUGAUGAAGAGAACCAGGCCCCUGACCAGGAACCUGCCUGCCAUCCACAGUGCUAUGGACCUCACAUUCAACGCACGCAGGAGGUGGAUCAGCAACACACGGCCUAGUAUGAGGGCUGUGUUGGCCGAGUACCCACGUUUUCUUGACGUUCCCGCCACGAUUGACCUGGAGUUUGAGAGGAUGUUCCCAGGUAAAGGCCACUCCUUCCUGGCCCAGUGGUCGUCGUUCGUGUUGCCCAGGGUGUACCAGAUCGCAGAGUGUGAAAAACACCCGGACAUCUCUGCACUUCUUCAACUGGCUGCCACACAGCAAGGAGACUCCUACACCCUGACUAUGCUGAAGGUCCUGAUUUAUGUACUACCACCAACAAACACCAGUAGAGCUUCCUUACCCUCCAGGAGCAGUGUCAGGCAGGCCAUUCGGUAUCUGGUGGACAUUGUACCGAUAGACACCAUGGUGUCCUCCUUAUUCUGUGACCUUACCUCCUUGGAGGGCCCAGAGUCUGUGUCCCACGCUCAGCCCUACAUAUUGAGCGUGGGACCCCUGGAGGCCCCUGGCCGGCAGCUUUGCAUCGUGUUCCCUGUUGAUAGGAUUGCAAUCCCCCUGCCUCAGGAGGGCCUGAGCAAUGCACUGGACAAGCUAUUCAAGMUUCUGCGUGUGUUUGAACUGGGGUACCCAGAUCAGCUAGCCUCCCUGUAUGGCUUCCUUGAGCACCUGUAUGGGUUGGAGAUGACCCCACAAGAUAACCAUGACUUCCCCAGUGGCAAGGGGUCAAAAGUGCUUGAACUUUUAUCACGGCUCCACAUGCCCUCCUGACAGAAGGCAUAGGUCUACACAAGAAUUGAACUCGCCCCACAGACCUUUUAUUUUUUUGAUAUUUUAUUAUAGCCGUCCUUUACAGAACACCUCCUUUACUAUGAUCUGGAUUUGCCCCAAAAUUAAAGUAUGUCAGACUGAACUGAACAAUGUUGAUGGAA